AUGAGCGACUUUACGGGGUUAUUGGCCGGUUAUGCGAACGUGAAAAUCCAUAUCAGACCAGGCAUCAAUCAUCUUGAUUCACGCCCGAUAUUCCCGCCCAUCGAUCCGCCCGAGGAGGAUAAUCCUGACGGAUACUCCUUGGAAACGGACUAUAAUCGGCAUCUUGAACAAUUAUUCGAGCGCGUAGCGACUUUACUUAUCGAGAGUUUGCGAACGAAGAUAACUAUCGACAAAUUGGAGCAAGUUGCCGAGCUUCAUGAACGCCUGGAGCAAGUGCGACACUUAUUCGAUGAAAACGUCGCCGGUAGAACAAUGGCCGCGGAAACCAAGCUAUUCUUACAUAAAAUCGAGGAAUUGUCGAAAUUGGUGUCGGCGCUGAUGCUUUGGGAGCCUUCUCGCGAGUCGGAGCUGCGAGAUAUCGAUUCGAGGUUGAGGAACUUGUCGAUUUUCGUCGAGCAGGAUAAAUGCCUGAAUGCCGGCGGAAAGUUCGAAUGGGUGGAUAGUGUGUUAGUGAAGUGCUUGCAAGACGGUACUUGGCUGCUCAUCGACCAGGUUAAUCUAUGUAGCCCCGCUGUAUUAGACAGGCUUAAUGGAUUGUUAGAGCCGAACGGUGUUCUCAGUAUCGGCGAACGAGGCGUUGAUAGCGAAGGCAAUGUCGUUACUAUCAAGCCGCACGAAAAUUUCCGCCUAUUUCUCACCAUGGAUCCCCGAUACGGUGAAAUUUCCAGGGCUAUGCGUAACAGAGGAGUCGAGAUUUAUAUGUUUGGCUCAAACGGAAACGUCGGCGAGGAUCUAAUUGACUUCAAAUCGCUGUUGUUCAACGCCGGCAUUACGAAGACCGCGCAUCGCGACGCAUUACUUGAGAUCUACGACAGAAUGACGGAGGAGAUCGUCGCCGUGGAUCGAGUCAGCCCGGUCGAUUUGUUGCACACCGCGUUCCUGGUGAAGCAACGAUCGCUGCGCGGAUUCCCCGCGGGGCAAUCGAUCAGGCACGCGUGUGUUGACGUCUAUGUAAAACCAAGACCGUCGCGAGAUCCGCGAUUCCGAGAACAUCUGACUUACCUGAUCGAUGAAACUGUCGAGCGACGUGUCGCGCGCGAUAAUGAAGAAAUCUCCGCGAUCGAUUUGGACGCCGCCACGUGGAGCGUGAAGAAUUUGCAAGACAAUUCCAGGCUCGUUAUAAUCAGACAGCAAGGCUUAUUGCUGAGCGCCGCUGUUAAGAUGUACGAAUCCUCUCUGAAAUCUGAUUCAGGAAAUAACGGAGGAAAUGUUACAACGAGGUCGUUGAACGACUUCUGCGGUCUUAAAGAGGAUGAAAAGUUUACGUUGGACGUUAACGUUGCCGGUGUGUUGCCGUAUCUCCUCUUGAAUUUCUACGAGCAAUCCUCGCGAGACGACGCGCCACUCAGAAAGGAGUGGAUCUCGAAGAUGCUGCAAGAAAACGCGAUACUUGACGAUCUUGAGGCGAAGAGCGCGUUAAUGGCGGAAGUAAUCGCAUCGUUUCGCUACGAAUCUGCAAACGCGAAAAGUUCGUUACCAUGGGAUUUGUGGCAGCUCGUUGGAACAACGACGUCAUGUGAUACGAGCGACACUUGCACGAAUAAAUUAUUGCUGUUACUAUAUGCGCAUGGUAUGAUCCUGAAAGGAGAUAUGUCGCAAAAGAGGACGACGGAGAUAUUGGAGAACAAAGAUGUGAUAUCCGUGAAGCUGUACUCCAGCGUUGUAAAUGACGGCAAACUACUUUCACAAUUGAAAAACCAACCACUCAUAACACAUUUCGUGCAGUUCCUUGAACAAGCGAAUUCUUGCAUCAACACGAUUUUACAAGAUGUAAAUGUAAAUAUCGAAGAGUACGUUGAACUAAGAACAGAAUUGAGAUGGUUCAUGAGAUUCGAAAGACUGGGCGAAAUGACGCUUAUAGAUAAAUCGGUAAAAUCUAAGGAUAUUUUCACGAAUUUGGAUCAGAUUUCUUUGUUGCUGAGAGUGCAUUAUAAAUGGCUAUUAAAGUUCCUACGCAAGCUAUUCGCAAUACCUAGAAAAUCCGUGAGCAAGCAAACCAUGAGCGAAAAACAACUGUGGGAGAUUGUAGGCCGUAUGAACAACCAGUUGGAAUCGGUGUACGAUCCUGUCAAUAAGAUAGCGAAGAGAAUCAAGAAGCACUUGACACUUCCGCCGCCUCACUCCACGGAGAUCAGCAUGGAAGUGCACUCGGGGCUGACGAGGAUAACGAGAGAUCUCGACGUGAGGAACGAGGGAGGCAGCACCUUGAAACAAGAGCUGAAGAUCAUAUCCGUGCAGUUGAAGGACGCGCUGGCGAUGAGACAGCAAACGAUCUCCUUGUGGAGCGACGUUUACGCCAGGAGGUCGAUCGACGAAACGGCGUUACGGAUCGUCCGUGAGGUGGAGCAAUUCUGCGACGAGAGCCACAUUCGUCUGCGAGUUCCCGCGGAAGUCGAGGAUAUUCUGAACAGAGUACGCUCUCUUCCGCAGAGGGAAAUGGCGCAGUCGAACGCGGCGAUACGGUUGUGGCCGAUUUACGAGUACGUGUUUCUGUCGCUCGCCGGUACUCUGCAGGGAGAGAUGUGUCGGGAAGUAACGAUUUCCGGUGUCGUUCUGGCCGAAUGUCUCGCGAGAUUCGCAGAUGUGGCCAGUAUACCGAGCGAUCUGAUGGGCUUGCUCAGCGCGAUGACUCAAGGAAAAGUCGAGCGAGAAUCAGAAUUCUUGCUGCUGCCGGAACUGUUCUGCUGCCUCGCGCAAUUCGCUCAGCAAUCUCACGCUUUUAAGGAUACCAGCCGUCUUUUGCACUGGCGCGGUGUAACGGAGGAAGAUGUAGAGAAAUCAGUAACUUCCUACGCUGAAUCGAAGAUGGAAUGCUACGUCGGUGGACCUGUUCUCUUGAACCUAGUACUGCAAUUAAUGUUGAAUAAAACAGGCCGAGAGAAAGAGGAAAACAUUCUUCCCGCGAUCGCGCUUGGAACAUAUGCGGCGCAAGUGGAUCAGUUGCAGCUGUUAAAUGAGAUUUUAUGGCGCAAUAGUAUCUCGUUGACAAACAAGCGAUGCGAUUCAAGCAGUAGCGAUCUGGCAACGUUAAAGUUUUACUUACACUUGUAUUCGUCCACGAUCAACAAAAUCGAACAUGACAUACCAAAAUUGAUUGCGAUCGCCAUAGAAAAGCAAGGCGGAAAUCGCACAGACGACCUCCAACUCAAACUCAGACUGACAGAUAAUUAUUACAAGCCUGUGGACGAAUUGCAUAAGGCGUACAACGAGAUAAAUAUAAUCGACGAGGAGAAUGUCCACGAAGAAGAAAGCACGCUUCUACGGGGAAAAGCGUGGAUGAUACUCGGUCACGUACAAUUAAUGCUCUUUGGAAAUUUGGAUCUUAUCGAUCCCGUACAUAAGGUGGAACUGAAGCUCGAGUACCUGGAGGAGAACAUCGCCGAUUGCAGAAAGACGAUGUACGUUACAGCGUUGCAGGAUCGUAUUCUGGGGAUAUCAGCCGCGAACGAGCACAAUCCGCGAUUCGCAGCCACGAGUAACUGCGAGAGACGCUUGCUGAAGGCGAGGGAUGAGCUCAGCUGUCUGAGAGCGUUCAGACCGUCGUCCGUCAAUUUUGCUUCGCUCAGCAAGGACAGCGCCGAUUUUAGGAACAGAGUGGGAUCCUACACAUUAGUGAAGAAGCACGUAAACAACCUAUGCACGAUCGCGGACAAGAUCAGACGAGAUUGCGAGUCGACCGAUCUGACGGUCGCGGAGACCGUUUCGCGAGAAGCGGAAAUCUGGGGCUUGUCGGUGCAGCGAUUCGCCGAGCAGAUCAAAACGAAGUACCUGUCGGCUUACCCGGACGUGAUUCUUCCAUUGCUAACGGCGCUGGCUCAAUUGAAUCACGGCGUUUCCAUACUGAUCAACGAAAUCCGACGACUGAUGUCUCUGCGUAAAAGCGGAGUGGCCGAUCUCCAGUCUUUGAUAUACAACUUGAUCCGGUUCCCGACGAUCGGCCGGCAGCAGGAAGAUCUUUUGAGCCUGAGUGGUUUAUGCGUUUCCAGGAACAUGAGAAGUCUGAUCGGCGAGAGUUUGUGCUCCACGGACACGUUCGUCAGGAUGCAGGAACAAUUCCGGAUUUUCAAGUCGGGUUUACACGAACUGCACAAUCACGUGAUUCUCAACAAAGGUCUGACUAAGUCACUGUGGCGAGACAUGAAUGAGCUGUUACAGCAAAUAGUGCUCAUCUGGAAGCAGCAACAACAGGAGGAAGAGAAACGGGCCGCAGAGAAGGAUAGUCUGUACAAGAAUAAGAACGAGAGUCACGGCGACACGUUGACGGAGGAGGAAGAGCUAGCUCUGGAAGUCCGCAAGCUAUUCCCAUCGCAUCGCGAAAGGGACUUUAACGAUAUAGACGAGUCGCAACCCUCCCUCGAUCGGAGGAGUAUAUCGCCGAUCCAAUCGGACGAAGCGGAGUCGAGCUUCAGCGGUCUCGUCACCAAGGAUGAUAUCAGAGAGAUCCAGCAGAUCCACUCGAAUAUCGUCACGUCUUUCAUCACGACCAAGUGGUUAUGCAACAGUCCUGCUUCGGCGAGUUCGACGAAUUACAUCGGGCCUCUGAUUCAACGAUACAACACGGUAUACGGAAUGCUUGACAACAUACUGCCGAGUUUGAGCGAAGGACUUGCGAUCGAACUGUACAACAGUUUGAACCUUCUGGUGACUUUGGGACUGCAAGCGAGCCGAGAGAAGAGCACGGAUUCUACUUUGUGGGAGAACACCGACAAACCAAUGAGAGCGUACGAUUUCUACAAGGACUGCAAUGUCGAAAAAGUGAAGCAGUGCCUGCCGUUGUGCGAGGAUAUCCUGAAUCGUGUCGAUCAGCUGUUGGAGGAGUGGCCGGAACAUCCCACUCUGAGAUCGAUACGAUGCAUAAUAGAAAGAAUUUACACGUUCUCGAUCACUUCACCUGUCUCCAGAUUCCUGACAGGUUUGGAGUUGCUGCACGUAAAGAUGAAUCAAUGGGAGGAGAACGCGCACAGCGGGGUCAGCAUGAUGGACCAUGUGUUAAGGUUACGACAGCAGAUAAUAUGCUGGCGGAAGCUGGAACUGUCCUGCUGGAAAGGUUGUCUCGAUGCGACAUACGAAACUCUCAGAUCGGACACGUCUAAAUGGUGGUUCUUCUUGUACGCGCUGAUCGAGAAUUACAUUACCGAGAGAUCCGACAAAGAUAGCGCCCAGAAAGCGAACGAUGAGCCUAUCACCAGGCAAAAGUUGGUAGAAUCGCUAGAACGUUUCAUGAACGAAUCGUCCCUCGUCGAAUUCGAAUCGCGCUUGGAUCUCCUCUUAACAUUCCACUGUCACGUGUAUCACUUCGACGAUAGUAACAAUAAGAACGAACUCUUGGCCGUAUUGUGGAACAUGUACAAUUACUACAAGCAAUUCAUAGACGACGUGAACGCAAGAAUCGCCGCUUUGAAAGCGCCCAUUGAGAAGAAGCUUAAAGAUUUCGUUAAGAUUGAGCGAUGGAACGAUAUUAGCUACUGGGCUGUGAAGGAGACGGUAGAGAAGACGCAUCGCACUCUGCAUAAAUUCGUAAAGGAGUUCCAGAAUGCCCUGAAGCAGAAUGUGUCUUCUUGCCUGACUGUUAAGUCGGGAUCUUACAGUACAGAGAUGAGCAAAGGCAUCUGGGAUGAUGGGAAAAAGUACACAAUAAAUCCUGAAGAUUUUACCGUUGCAAAAUCUCCACGAUCUGUAGACGUGAAAAUACAGUUUGCAAGCGGAUUUAUCAUGAGAACAGAGACGCUAACGAAGGCCAAGGACUACUGCAACGAGAUAGUCCUAGUAAAUUCCUACCCGAACGUACGAGAGGAACUCGAAAAUUUCAUCGAGGACUACACGGAGCAGAGCACGCGUCUUCGGGAUAUGAACGUCGACAGAAGUUUGCCGAAAAAUAAGCAGAAGUCUCAGGCAAAGAGUAUCUUGCAGCAGAAGAAAAUGACGCUCGCCAAUUACUUCAAGGCAUUGACGCAAAUAGGCAUAUCCUAUCGCACUGGUGUACUGACAUUGAAGAACGACGCGGACAAGGUGAUCGAUUUCACGGUAUCACCUUUGAAUCUGUCUACAAUCGGCCAGUACUUUAAACUGAACAGAGCCGACCGGGGUAUGCUGACGCAGUGGAAGGAUUGCGAGAAGUAUUACUACAAGUCUCUCAUCAGAUUGAACGCUCUCAACGCGAUGCUCAGCACAAGCCAGACCGACCUGGGACUGCAGAACAUAGAACGUUGCCGAGGAUAUUCCGCGCACUUGAUGCUGCUGGCCCACAGACAGAAGACGUCGAUCGUCCAGUCGUUCAAUCGUUUCUGGUCGCUUCGCGUGCAGAUUUCGAAUCUGACCGAGACGCACGAGCACGAUCUGAAUAUACUGAGGCAGAACAGAGGCCAGGACUGCGCGGAGAGCCUAAAGACGUUGCUGAUUACGUUGGAAGUUGGAUUCGAGCAGCUGCUGCUGUUUCUGCAAUGCUGCCCCGCGGAAUCGUCGACGGAUCCGAACAGAGCCGCACUUACCUUGCACGCAAACGCGCUCCCUAUAAUUGCCGCCUCUCAAAAUGACGAGAUUUGGAAAAGCGCAAACGCUUUGCUGAAGGAUAGCUUGAAUUUGGUAAAAGCUACUGCGAAACGUUUCCACGCCUUAUUCAUACCAUUCGAAGUUUUGUCGGUAGAUCAUCCUGAACGUUCCACUCAUAUUUCAUUUUUAAGUUCGAAGCACUUUGAAUUCUUGGAGCAAUGCUGCGCGACGAUCAAAGAUUUAAGAGCGCGGUCUGAGGAAUUAAAACGAUUAUUUGAGAGCUUGGACGUUGUGCAUCCUAUCUGGGAAAAUAUAGCGUUCUUAGAAACGAAGAUGGAAUGCUUCCUUACGCUCUUCGAAAAAUUACGAAGAUCAGCAGAUACCGAAAAUGGAGAGCAACUGGCCGAAAAAAAUCACACUCAGAAAAAUAUCGAGAAAUACAAGGAAACGCAGGAACAUGUAAUAAAGACGAUAUUGUUUGCAAUACAGAAGAAAUAUAAAGACAUUAAGAAAGAUACGAACAAGAAACCGAAUGAGGAAAAUGAUAACGAUACGGAGGAAGAAGAAAAUUUGAAUAUGAAACUUGUUGAAUCACUCGAACAGGACAUAAUCGAACUAAAGCUGUCUAAUAUAUACAAUUUAUUUUCCGAUCUUUUACUGUCAAUACGUGAAUUCGAUCUGCAAUCAGCAAACUAUUGUAUCAGGUUGCUCCUAAAAUGUUUGCCUCUGUUGGAACAAUAUAUCUUGCUCGUUCAGUUUUAUUUAAACGAGCAAGUGGCUUCUUUCCGCAUCACGUGCAAGAUACUGUACCUGCAGUUAAACGUAUUCUUGGAUUUAGCUGCAAAUGGGUUCUGUGUGCCAAAGGAUUUAGAUCUCGAGGAAAAUGAAACGGACGAGUCGGGCGAGAGGACGGAAAAAGGCGGGAUGGGUUUAGCUGAAGGCGAAGGAACGAAAGACGUUUCCGAUAGAAUAGAAUCCGAGGAUCAGCUCGAGGAUGCAAGGCCCGCGGAUCAGGAACGGGAGAAGCAAGACGAUAAGACUUGUGAGGAAGAGGAGAAGGGAAUUAACAUGUCCGAAAAUUUCGACAGCGAGCUUCAAGAUAUGGAGAAAAACGACAAUGACGAGGAACAAAGUGACGAUGAUGAAGAAAACAAUUUGGAUAAAGAAAUGGGAGAGACUGGGGAAGGCGCUGAGCAGCUUGAUAAAGAACUCUGGGGCGACGAUCAGGAGGAAUCCGGGGAGGAAAAUCAGCAGCCGGAAGACGAGGACGAAGAGGAAGGUACGGGCGAACAAAUCGGUGAGAAAGAAAUGGGCGCGAAGGAUGACAGAGAUAAGAGAAAACAGGAUGACGAUGACGAUACGGAUGGUGAUGAAAAUCAACAGGAGGAAAGUAAAAAGGAGAUAAAUGAAUUGAAUGAGCCAGAGGUAGAUGAGGAUCAGAUUAAUCCUUAUCACGGUAAGUUCCAGCCUCAACCGGAACCCGAACCGCUCGAUUUACCGGAAGACAUGAAUCUGGAUGAGGACGGUAAGGAGGACAACGGUGGCGAGGAUGAUAAUCCGUUCGACAUCGACGAGAUGAAGAAGCCGCCGCCAGAAAAGCAAGAUAUAGAACUCGAGAAGGAAUCUGAGGAGACUAAAGAAAAUGAUCCUGAGGGAGAUUCUAGUGAGGACGAGGACGAGGACAACGGUAAUACCGAUAAGGAAGAUCAGGCACAAAAAACAGAAGAACAACUCGAAACUAAUAAGGAAACUGAAGAGAAAAGUGGCGAAAAUGCCGAAGGCGAGAACAAAGACGAAGAGCAGAAUCAGGACAAAGAAGCAGAGGAAGAAAAACUGCAGGAGAAGGCAGCACCGAGUGCAAAUGAUGCGAGCAAGGAAAUGGAUGCUGCGCAACAAAUCGAAGAAACGACGGAAGGUUCGCGGGAUACGGUAGCGCAACAGCCGAACGCGAAGGAUCAGCAGCAGGAAGCUUCAGCCGAGAAUACUCAAGAGGACAAUAAUGACAAAGGCACGGGUCAAUCGCAAUCGGCACAACAGGAGAGCGGACAUUCAGGAUCGUCUAAGCAGGAAACUGUUCCGGCACCGCAGAGCAACGCUAUGACGAAACCAGUCGAGAAGAGGAAGAAUCCGGGCGAGAGCAACGAGGAUCGCAGUUUGUUGGAUAGAUUUGAGCCGACGCUAAAGAAACUAAAGACGAUCUACACGCAGGACGAGGUGUCGAGGGAUGAGAAGGAGGACGAUGCAGGCAAUGCUGAUGGCGAAAAGGCUGAGUUGGCUCAACACAUCAAGGAUUCCGAGAGAUUCGACGAUUACACGCUCGACGCCGCGACAGAAGAUCAAGUCAGACAACAAGCUUCCAACACGGAUAAGGAUGAGAAUGAGGAAGAGAAAAAGGACGACACUGCGGACGUAGAGAUGCACGAGGAUAAGGAGAAUGACGUAGCGGAUGAUAAGAUAAAUGAACAGAAAUCCGAAAAGGUCUCUGAAAUUGCAGAUAACAAAAAGGAUUCCGAUGGUAAAGGAAACAACGUGGAAGACAGUCAGACGGAGGCAACGGUCGAAUUGGAAGGGGAAACAGCGGAGACCAUGAAAGUGCAGAGAGGAAACGAAUCGACGUUUCAUACGAUGGAACGGAGUAUGGAAGAGGAUAUGCUUGGCUCUGCUCAUGUGGAAAGAAAGCGAUUCGAGGUGGAAAGGAUGUUGAGUGAAUGGACGCAAAUGCCCUCCACGGAGGAAGCUACUGCCGCAUGGAAUUGUCUGUGCUCGGUCACGGACGCGGCCGCUAGGGAUCUGUCCGAAAAAUUAAGAUUGGUGUUGGAGCCUACGCAAGCCUCUAGAUUGAGAGGUGAUUACAAGACGGGUAAACGGAUCAAUAUGCGAAAAAUCAUCCCCUAUAUAGCCAGCCAAUUUCGCAAGGAUAAGAUCUGGCUCAGGCGCACGAAACCCUCGAAACGUGACUAUCAGAUCGUCCUGGCAUUAGACGAUUCCAGCAGCAUGGCAGACAAUCAUUCCAAAGAAUUGGCUUUCGAGUCCUUGUCGCUGAUUAGCAAAGCUAUGACGUAUCUGGAGGUGGGGCAACUUAGUGUCAUAAGCUUCGGGGAGCAGGUGAAGGUGUUGCAUCCUUUAGGAGAAGCCUUCACGGAACAAAGUGGAUCUAGGUUAAUACAAGAAAUGAGAUUUGAUCAAAAAAAGACGAUGAUUGGGCAACUAGUCGAUUUUACAGUGGAUAUGUUCGAAAGUCAACGUGCUUCAUCCGACAAUGCUAAGCUGCUGGUAGUACUAUCGGAUGGCAGAGGGAUAUUUUCAGAAGGGAAAGAAAAAGUGAAUUGUGCUGUCAGGAGAGCAAGACUUGUAGAUAUCUUCCUAGUGUUUAUAAUAGUCGACAAUCCAAUUAAUAAGGAUUCAAUAUUGGAUAUUCGUAUGCCUGUGUUCGAAGGGGGAAAAUUAUUAGGAAUUCGAUCGUAUAUGGACAGUUUUCCAUUUCCAUUCUAUAUGAUUCUUAGAGACAUAAACACAUUACCGGGUGUUCUAAGCGAUGCUUUACGUCAAUGGUUUGAAGUAGUUGGAAAAAUUGAUACUUAAGCUAAUAAGUAAUUUCAAAUAUUCAAACUUAAAAAUUUAAAUUAGUAUAAGUCAUAAAAGUUAAACUUCAAAGAACCAAAUACAUGUGUAUAUAUAUUAUAUAUUAUAUAUAUUUAUAUAU